UAGUGGUCUGGCUGGUGCAAGCUCUGUUACUUUUGCAUGCUUGGAAAGCGGGCUACUAGUAGCAGAGGGUUGAGCGUGUGUUGGUUUGCAGGUCUGAGCUAAAUGGCUUUUCCUGGGACAAUGUAUUAAUGCAGAGAUCCCUUUUGCUUUUAAUUUUUCCCCCAACGCUAAGCUAUUGCAAUGGUGGGAUUUAAUGAUACCGUGGUGGCAUUGCAAGAUCAGUUGUGUGUUUAUUGCAGUUAAGUUUCAAGAAUCUGGAUGUGGGGGAGACGGCAGAGAACUGAGCAUGCACUUCGGCUAUCCGCCAGGAACAUGCAUCGGUUUGCAGUGCUUGCCAAGCAAACUGCGGCAAGCCCGGGCUGUAAAGGGCCAGGGUCCUGCAGGAAUGGAAGGAGAGACGUGGCUUUGCGAUGCAUUGCCUCGCUGGUGGAGGGGAAACAGCACCAGCAGCGCUUUUCCCAGCGUACUCGCCCGCGGAGAGAAGGACUCGUGCGUUGGAACAGCGCUGCUGAGGCCUCUGCAGUGAAAAUCAACGAGAAGACGAGCAGGGAGAAAAUCCUGACGCUGGAGUCCAUGAACCCGCAGGUGAAAGCGGUGGAAUACGCCGUCAGGGGCCCCAUUGUCCUGAAAGCUGGCGAGAUCGAGAAGGAGCUGCGGAAGGGAAUCAAAAAGCCUUUUACUGAGGUCAUUAAGGCCAACAUUGGUGAUGCACAUGCAAUGGGACAGCAGCCCAUCACUUUCCUUCGUCAGGUGGUUGCACUUUGUACAUACCCAAACCUGUUGGACAGCCCAAGCUUCCCAGAAGACUCUAAGAAGAGAGCCAGACGGAUCUUGCAGGGGUGUGGAGGAAAUAGCUUAGGGUCUUACAGUGCCAGUCAAGGUGUAAAUUGCAUCCGUGAAGAUGUUGCAGCGUACAUUGAAAGACGAGAUGGAGGAGUUCCUGCAGAUCCAGAUAAUAUAUACCUUACCACAGGGGCUAGUGAUGGAAUUGCUACUGUUCUAAAGAUCCUGGUCUCAGGAGGAGGGAAAUCCCGAACUGGAGUGAUGAUCCCAAUCCCACAAUACCCCCUGUAUUCAGCAGCCAUAUCUGAACUAGAUGCCAUCCAGGUGAACUAUUACCUUGAUGAAGAGAAUUGCUGGGCACUAGAUGUGAAUGAACUUCGUCGUUCCUUGAAUGAAGCCAAAGCAUACUGUAAUCCAAAGGUUCUGUGCAUCAUCAACCCAGGAAAUCCCACUGGUCAGGUUCAAAGUAGAAAGUGCAUUGAAGAUGUUAUACAUUUUGCUUGGGAGGAGCAACUCUUUCUUCUGGCUGAUGAGGUUUAUCAAGAUAACAUUUACUCAGAAGAAUGUCAGUUUCAUUCCUUCAAAAAGGUUCUGUAUGAGAUGGGACCAGAGUACUACAGCAAUGUGGAGCUAGCAUCCUUCCAUUCCACCUCCAAGGGAUACAUGGGCGAGUGCGGUUACCGAGGGGGUUAUAUGGAGGUCAUUAACUUGCAUCCAGACAUAAAAGGACAGCUUGUUAAACUUCUCUCUGUUCGCCUCUGUCCUCCAGUCUCUGGACAGGCAGCUAUGGAUAUCGUAGUGAAUCCUCCAGUACCUGGGGAAGAAUCUUAUGCACAGUUUAUUAAGGAAAAGGAGUCUGUUUUGAACAAUCUUGCCCAAAAAGCCAAGCUAACAGAAGACAUGUUUAAUAAAGUGCCAGGAAUUCACUGCAAUCCACUUCAAGGAGCUAUGUAUGCCUUCCCAAGGAUAUUUAUCCCUUCCAAAGCCAUUGAGACAGCAAAGGCUCAUGAAAUGGCCCCUGAUUUAUUCUACUGUAUGAAACUUUUGGAAGAAACUGGAAUAUGUGUUGUACCUGGCAGUGGAUUUGGCCAAAGAGAAGGAAGUUACCACUUCAGAAUGACCAUUCUCCCUCCAGUAGAGAAGCUGAAGAUUGUGCUGGAGAAAAUGAAAGACUUCCACAUACAGUUUCUUGAAGAAUAUGCAUGAAAGAGAUGCAGACUCUUCCUCUCCCCGCCCUCCAAGCAAAUGCAGAAAAUGAACAAUAUGUGCUGAGAAUGGGCUGUUCAUCUUGUUAACUGCAUUUACAAUAGAUAGAGCCCAUAUGUGGGCAAAAGUUACACUUCUUCCUGAACAAUUAAACCUAAUGUCUGGUGUGGGAGAUACUGCUAUAGAGGUGGGUGGGAGGAGGAACAUGAAGAGGGAAGGUGAAGAGAGAGUCUAGCAGACUAUUUUGUGCCUUGACUGGAAGUUAUAUUCUUGACUUACACUUCUGGCCAGUUGGUUGUGGAGGAAAGUCACUUAUGAAAACUAUUGAUGAUAUUGCCUUCUACAAAGCAGAAGUCCAACAUAUUUGCUCAGAAACAUCCAUUUCCUGUUUGAGAUUUUACCCCAAAAAAUCCUAAAAUCUACAUUCUAGGUGUGGUUGGGUUGUUAUUGUUUUUGAGUAUAAAGUGUUACCCACAUCUGAUCAAACCGGCAGUUGUUAGAAUAUUCAUAAAAAUCUUUGGUAGAUCAUUUUGUGUGACUAAGUUCUAUUGCAUCUGAACUUUACAUUAUUUCUAAAUAAAAUCUGAGUGGACCACAGGCAGUUCUGAGGGCGGAGAUAGUGCAUAUGAUAUACUGUGUUUUGAGUCUUAGUUUAAGAAAUUGAAAUUCAAUGAAUUAUGACCAUAAACUAGUUUAUCCACACACAGCUCAAGAUGGAGUAGACAAGUAUGAGUACAAUAGCAUUGAGCUUUUCAUAUCAUAACCACUUUGUUAAAAAAAUAAAAAAGCUGAGGAGUCUCUUGUUCACACAUGCCAUUUGUGUAUAUUGACUAUUACAAGCAACCAACUUCAAAGCAAAUGUGAACACUGUUAAGCCUUAAUAAUAAGGUCCAACACAAAAACUGUUAAAACUGCAGCACCUCUUGAUCCUCUGAGAAUGAUUCUUUGGAACUCGAUGAUUAGGAGAUUAAUUAUGGGAGAAAGAGUCCUUUGCUUUUUGGUUACUGGUUGAAUCUAGCCCAACUCUGUAAAGACUGAAAGAUGCUUCUGACAGACAAAUGUUUGUAUGUAGCUUAAAGGAAAUUAAUUGGUGAUUUCAGUCUUGUUCCUAGUCAAAGUGUCUGGGUCACACAAGCUACUAUGUAUGGCAUCCUCAGCAGGGAGGGUAAAGACUGAAUGGACAUGGAGGGUUGGGCACUCUGAACUCAAGAGUGUUCUUUCAGAGCAGGAUGAGAUAUGGUGGCACAACAUUAUGUACAUGCUUGUACCACCUGUGUCAUUCUUAUUUUGUGAAGGAACAAAAAAAAAAAAAAAUGUUAGUUUGGCAUCUUUUGCCAGUACAAA